AUGAGGUCAUUAGGUUUUCGUCGUGACCUCUGACCUGACACAGCUGAUGGAUAGGCUCAUCCGUUUCAACAACAAGAUGAUUCUCCAAGAUUUUUGAUGUCUUCAGUUUGAAACCAUCCGGACAGGAUUUUCAGGAUGACCUUAUGUUGCUGUGAAAGUGUAUCUCUCCACCGUGUCCGGCACAAGUGACCAUCAUGCCUGCCACGUACCUGUGGUCAGUUGACUCAGCUGGGAAGGUCUACACACUGUCCACUGGUGGCAGGCAGUGGGAGGAGGUCAAAGGUGACAUAGAGUUGAAGAGAGUGUCUGCGACGGAGCUGUGUGCGUGGGGGAUCGGGUGUGACCACCAGGUGUACCUGUAUGUACACUCCAGCGAGGUGCCCAUCAGGUGUCAGGAAGCAACAUAUGAGAACCAGAGAUGGAACCCGAUGGAGGGUUUCUCAGGUCAGCACCUGUUACCUACAGACAGGUGGCACUGGAGUAACCAGCAGGGCACACAGCUGCAGCCGAAGGACAGCUGCACCCUGCCCUCCCCUCACUGGAGCUGGGAGGAUGACUGGUACAUCGACGAGAACAUCCGGGGAGAGCCCACUGACAAAGGGGGAUGGCAGUACGCGGUAGACUUCCCCGCUCAGUACGGCCCCAAGAAACGAUGGAACUCCUGCGUUCGCCGAAGGAAGUGGAUACGUUACCGAAGAUACCACGCAACCGACAACUGGGCACUGAUUCCAGGAGUGUUUGAUGACCCCCUGAAGGAACCGUUUAUAGAUGUCGCCGCGGGAGGGCUGGAGUUAACGGAUCAGCCGCCAGGCCGUGUGUCUGUGUGGACGGUCACCAUCAUGGGGAGGAUAUUCUACAGAACGGAGGUACACGCCAUGAACCCGGAAGGCGUCUCGUGGCAGGAGGUUGAUAACGAGGGACGGGAAUGUACGCAGAUCAGCCUGGGGCCGUCCUGUCUCCUGUGGGCCGUGACCUGGGACGGAGAGGUCAUGGUCAGACUCGGAAUCACACGAGAUAACCCCAUAGGCACAUCCUGGAAGGUAGUGGCCCCCCCGCAGGCGGACGUCCACUUUCUGCAAGUCUCAGUCGGGGUCAAGGGUGUUUGGGCUGUCAGCAGAGGUGACAAGGUGUGGUCCAGAAAAGGUGUAGAUGCCACACGAGGAGCAGAGGACCAAACAGCGCUGACAGGGAGUGCGUGGGUAGAGAUGGUGGGAGCCAUGGCACUCAUAUCUGUGGGACCAAAUGACCAGGUGUGGAGCCUGGAUGCCAACGACAGGUACAUGGUUUAUUUCCGCAAGGGGGUAACCCCCUCUGAGCUCAGCGGGAAGACAUGGAAGGCGCUGGAAAUCAGCAAGGGGGGUCCUGCAUCCAUGGACAGCAGUGUUUCAAGCAGCAUGUCUGAUAUAUACAGCCAGAGCAACAUGCUGUCCUCCCAGAUGGACAGGCUGCAAGUAGCAUCAGAUUCCCUCCCUGACAUUGAGCCUCAAGCAAGUAUACCGAACCUGGCAUUAGAUUUGUCUACAGGUGACCACAGUGCUCAGAAAGGUGGCGAAAUAAGUGGGAAAUCUGAAUACGGCCAGGAUACAAAAGAGGCUAGUACAGCAAGUGAGGCAGGGGAUUCACAAAAAUUCAAAAGCAAAAAAGAAGGAGAAGAAGACAACACAGAAAGAAAAGCAUCACAGGAAAGUUACAAUCCCGACAUAUCAGAUACUGCUGUUGACUUUGCUGGGGAUUGUGUACCACAGAAAGAAGUGACCGAAACUGAAAGGACAAGAGAAACAGCUCCGAUCGGCAAACCAGAAAACACAAAUGCGACAAUAGAAGGAAGUUCUGAAAACAACACCAACGUGAUAUGCGGAUCUCAGGAUUCUGGAAUAUCCAAAGGAAACAUGGCAUCUUCAACAGAGAGCAUGGACGCAAGAACUUCAGAUGGCAAACGAAAUCCCGUCUUGGAAAAGUUGCAACAAGAAGAUGGGAGCCAAUCGGAGAGCAGCGGAAGUCGCAGAGGGUCUGUGACGUCGUUCAGCGGGAUGGACAUGUACGCGGAUCUGUACCAACCGGACCCGGCAUGGGUGUGGGUUAGCGGGGGAGGAUGUGUGAUUGACACGUUCACGCAGCCCAACUGGUUCACUGCUGCACCCUCCCAUACUAGUGGCAGGGGAAACUCUGUGCUUGGUCCUUUGGACAGUUUGGCCAUCUGGGGCCAGGUGCAGAUCAACGAUGCCCCCUGGAGGAAGAGGGUAUUACUACAGCUGCAUGAAAGGGCAACAAAAGAGUUGCAGCCAUUCCAAGACUAUGAACAAGCUGUUGAAAGGACAUCUUGGAUUAAGAAGGGCAGCCUGCAGUACUGGAGCGACACCAAGCCUCACCGCUGGGUGGACUGUCGGCUACAUCUGGAACAGAGCUCGGGGAAGGGUCUGCACGACUGCAAGUUCACCUGCUACUACAAGUACUACGACUCCGAGAAGUAUCUCCAGUUCCCACUGAGUGAGAUCGUCUGUGUUCUGAGGGUGAACCAUGGCGGGAACCAGCGCCCGGUCCUCGCUAUCUACACCGCCAAGAGAACCGCCAAGAAGGUUCCCGUCAGACUGGCGUGCUCAACCGAAAAAGAACUCGAGGAUUGGUUGACAGGCAUCAGCCUGGCCUGCUGUGAGUUGCAGGGCUGCAAGGGGGCGCCAACGAACAGGGCAGUGUGGUCCACCACCUGUAGGGGAGACAUCUUUGUCUACGAGCCCACUCAUGACAUGGAAAUAACGCCUGCCAACCAGAUGCUCUGGAGACAGAUGGGUGGACACCUGAACAUGGUGGAGUGUGGUGGAGGGGGCGUGGUCUGGGGCGUCGGCUUUGAUGGUACAGCCUGGGUCUACACUGGGGGUUAUGGGGGAGGCAUGUUUAAAGGUAUAGCCAGCAGUCCCGGAGGCAUCCAUACCCAGACUGAUAUGAAGUACAUCUAUAUCUAUGAGAACCAGAGGUGGAAUCCCAUGACAGGCUUCUCCGAUAGAGGAUUCCCCACAGACAGAUACAUGUGGAGUGACAUCACAGGGAGACAGGAGUGCACCAAGGAGGGUACCAAGACACCAACAACAGAGUGGCACUGGGUAAGUGAAUGGACUAUCGACUACAAACCACCAGGGGGCGCCGAUAAGAAGGGCUGGCAGUACGCGACAGACUUCCCCGCCACGUACCACGGGUAUAAGGGCUGGAACGACUACGUUAGGAGGAGGAGGUGGAUGAGGAAAGCGAAGAUCAUUACCACAGGACCUUGGUUGGAGGCCCCGCCCCAGCACUUGAAGGACAUCUCCGUCCAGGUCGACCAACCAGAGAGCAGCACAGACCCCAUUGCAUUGUGGGCCAUCAGUGUGAAUGGUGACGUCCUGUGCAGAAUGGGUGUCAUCCAGGACUUUCCACAAGGUGUGUCCUGGUUACAUGUGCCCACAGACCAGCCCAUGACAUCAGUCUCCGUGGGGGGGAACAGCAGAGUCUGGGUGACAGCACAAGAUGGGUCCGCCUUCUUCAGGAAUGGGAUAACCAAGAAGGAGCCACAGGGCACAUGCUGGUUCCACAUCCCCUCCCCACAUACCCGCCCCCUGGUGCAGGUGUCAGUGGGACAGUCUUCUGUUUGGGCUGUGGACAAGCUCCAAAAUCUGUGGUUUAGGACGCAAACCGAACCUAACUACCCCCAGGGCACCACAUGGUAUCACCUCAGUCCCAAUGUCCAGAAGGUAACGGUUGGACCACAGAACCAGGUGUGGAUAAUAGCUGAGGACAGUCCAGAGAAGGGCACGUGGAUUCCAAUGGCAGACAAGGUCAUGGACAAGGUCAAAGAAAAGGUAUGGGUGCUGCAGGGGUACGUCCCCCCAGGGUCACGUGGGGUCGUAGGUCACAGGUUGGGGGUCAAGAUACCAGAGAUCCCCAUUGGCAAGACCUGGGACACCCAAGGCAUCGGGGGAGGGUGGAUCCAUCUAAGUGUAAGAGCCUGCACAGUUCAAGAUCCUCCCACAGGGGUGUGCACGGAUGAUGCAGCAGCCACCAUUAAGGGUGUUCAUGAAGAAGAAGAUGCCAACAGUCUUUACAGCAGCCAACCUGUGUGCUAAAAAGGGAUACAUAUCAUGGAACACCCGAAUCAUGUUUGCAAAAUAUUCCG